CGUAUGAGUAAUUCCAAGGGAUUUUCUCGGAAGCAGUAAUAGAGGCCACCUGGUCAUGUGACCAGUGUCGACCAAUGGCGUUGCGAGAAAUUUCGAAGACAUGAUCCUUCCCUGAAGCCGACGCUGUGGAACGACGCAGCCAUCACGGUGGAAGUAUGUGCCUCUACGGCAGUUUUUGUUCUAGGGAUGGACUCUAAGCCUCCAACGACCCAUCUUGGGUCACAACAGCAGCCGGAUAUUCCAGGAAAAGGGAAGCUGGCAGGAGGUACAAGAAACUCAGAUGCCAAAGAUAUGCAGCAGGUCCCAUCAGAACCUGUGACACCUGCUGCAUCCUCUACAGAUGUGAAGGUGGAAGCAUCAUCAUCUCCUGGGUUGAAUGGCACCACCAAAAGUGUUUCUUCUACCCCUUCCCCAGUCAAACCAUCACCUAACCCACCAAGCAAUAAUUCUAGUGGGAAACUCCAUGCUGAAGGGGCCUCUGCAAUGCCACAUACUCCUGCCAUGAAUUCCUCAUCUCCUGGGAUUCAUUCUCAUGCUUCUGAGUCUGAGAAGAAGGAGGUAAUGGAGCCUCCACCUCGGGAAGAACCCAUUUUGGAACCUCAAAAUGGUAUUGUACAACCACCAGUGGUGCCACCACCUCACAGGCCUGGACGUAUUACAAAUCAGAUCAAGUAUCUCCAAAACACUGUCAUCAAGGCUGUUUGGAAGCAUCAUUUUGCAUGGCCAUUCCAUACACCUGUGGAUGCUACAACUCUCAAUUUGCCUGACUAUCACAAGAUCAUCAAGCAUCCAAUGGAUUUGGGGACAAUUAAAAAGAGACUGGAGAGUAACUACUAUUGGAGUGGCAAAGAGUGUAUCCAAGACUUCAACACCAUGUUCACAAAUUGUUAUGUUUACAACAAACCAGGUGAAGAUGUGGUGCUAAUGGCACAGAGUUUGGAAAAACUGUUCCUGACAAAAGUGGCUCAAAUGCCUAAAGAAGAAGUUGAAUUUCCAUCAGAUCCACCAAAAAGUUCAAAGAGUUCUCGGAAGCCUCGGACUUCCCACAGCAGUGCUGGUGGUGGCAUGGUUAUGAGCCCAGGACCAGGCAGAAGGUCUCAGGCUGCUACUGUUAGCUCUACCACUGCUGGGAAUCUCCAGACUCCUCUAGCCACUGCUUCGUCUAACGCAUCUUUAGCCUCAACUCCAUCAAUAGUUAGUCUGCCCUCUGUUCCUGGAUCCACUGCCACUCCUACCAUUCCGACUGCUACAGCACCCCCUAUGGCAGUACCAAAGAGUAAAAAGGGAGUGAAGAGAAAGGCAGACACAACAACUGACAUAGUUGCCAAUUCUCCAUAUGACCCACCAUACCAACCUAGUGCCGAAAAAUCCUCCAAGAUCUCAACAAGAAGAGAAUCAGGGAGACAGAUCAAAAGGGUUGUCAAAGACCUGCCUGAUUCUCAGCCACAGUUGAGUUCAAAACCACGGGAUAAGCUGUCAGAACCUCUUAAGGCAUGCAAUGAGAUCCUCAAGGACCUGUUUUCCAAGAAACAUUCGGGAUAUGCCUGGCCUUUCUACAAGCCUGUGGAUGUGAGUCUCUUGGGUCUUCAUGAUUAUCAUGAAAUUAUCAAGCAUCCUAUGGACCUCAGUACAGUGAAGGUCAAAAUGGAUGGUAGAGAGUACAAGACUGCUGCCGAGUUUGCUGCAGAUGUCAGAAUGAUCUUCACCAACUGCUAUAAAUACAAUCCUCCAGAUCAUGAUGUUGUUCAAAUGGCAAGGCGACUUCAAGAUGUCUUUGAAAUGAAGUACGCUCAAAUACCUGAUGAACCACUGAAUGCUGAUGAGAAGCAUUCAGGUUCAGAAAGUGGUUCAAGUUUGGAGUCAGACUCUGAAGGAGAAACAGACAAGCGGUUGCUACACCUUCAGGAACAGAUGAAUCAGAUGCAGGCCCAGUUGAAAGCCCUUGUAGAAGAGCACAUGAUGAGGAGAAACAGAAAGAAGAGGAAAAAAGAUAAAAAGAACAAGAGAGAAAAGGAACGUGAGCGAGUGGAUUCAGUGGGAGGUGUGGGUGGAGUGCCAGUGGGAGUUGGCCCCAGUGUCAAAGGUGAAUCAGGAGCAUUAGGUACCAAUAUCCCAGUCACUCUCGGAACUGAGAAUCGCAAAGCAGGAACGGGGAAAUCCAAAUCCGUGAAGACUUUGAAUGCCAAAGCACAAAGUGCUCCCAGUGGGACCAAGAAAACACAGCGGCAAAGUUCAAAGACAAAGCCAAGUCGGAAUAAGACAGUGACUGGUUCCAUCUCAUCUAUGCCUCCCUUUGAUUCUGAGGAUGAAGACAAUGCCAAGCCCAUGUCUUAUGAUGAGAAGAGACAACUUAGUUUGGAUAUCAAUAAACUUCCUGGUGAUAAGCUUGGACGAGUGGUACACAUUAUCCAAGCAAGAGAGCCAAAGCACAGAGACACAAGUCCUGAUGAGAUAGAAAUUGAUUUUGAAAAGCUGAAGCCUUCAACUUUGAGGGAGCUGGAGGCUUAUGUUGCAUCAGUAUUGAGGAAGAAACCAAGGAAACCCUAUUACAAGAAAGGCUCAGGUAAAUCAAAGGAUGAGCAGCUUAGUGAGAAGAAACAAGAGCUGGAGAAGAGGCUGCAAGAUGUUCAGGGUCAGCUCACAUCCUCAGCCUUGCCUCCAGUGAAAAAACCGCCUAAGAAAGAUGACACAAAAUCUGAAGGAGGUGCUGGUGCAGGAUCUCGUUUGUCAGGCAGCUCAAGUUCCAGUUCUGAUUCGGACUCGAGUUCUAGCUCCAGUUCUAGUUCGAGUUCCGAAAGUUCCGAUUCUGAAACAGGAUCACCAGCAAAGACCAAGAAAAUCAAACCCUCUGAUGAGACCCCUGGAUCUGUGCCUAAGCUUGCAAUGUCAUCAUUGCCCCAGCCUGCCCCAAAUGUUAGCCAGACAGUUGGCUCAUAUCCUCAAGGUCAAGUUGGAAAUAUUUCUGGUCACAUAUCAAACACUCACACCUCUGGACCUUCAGCAACAGGCACCAUCCUGCUCAAUACUGGUGGAAUCAUUUCUAGGGGAAAACCAGCUAUGAUGGGCCCAGGUUCCCUUACAACACAUGCAUCUGUUACUCCUGGUCCCAAAGCUCCAACCACAUAUACUUCAGCCAGAUUUCCUCCUCCUGAGGUUCCAAGUGAUGGAGUCAUGAGCACACCAGCCAUCAUUCCAGCUCCACUGUCCUCUAAUAAUGUUCAGAACUCAUCUGUGAUCAAUUCUGAGGGUGACAGUGCUCCUGGUCUGUUCAAAAUGAUAUCUGAUCCUCUUCCUGCUGGGCCUCUGGAUGUAGGAGAUCACAGUCAAAGCAAUGGAGCUCUGAUGACUGGAGAACCUGGGGCAUCGAAGAACGUUGGCCAGGCUAUGAAAGGAAAAAAGCCUGGGACUCCUUGGGCAAAUCUGGUUCAGGCUGCAUCAAAAAGCACUCCUGGGACAAGCCAUAGUCCAACUGCAACGCCUCAAGGAUCCACAACAGCCCUGAAGACUCAGGCUAUGGACUCUUUCCAACUGUUUAAAAAGCAAGCCAGGGAGAAGAUGGAUCGGCAACGCCAGUUGAUUGAGCAACAGGAGCAACGGCGAGUUCAGAAGGAGCAAGCAGAGAAAGAGAGGCUGCGCCUUGAGCGUGAACGCCUCAGGGAAAAAGAAGAGGAAGAAGCCUUAGAAAGGGCCAGGCGAGUGGCACAGGCAGAGAAACAGAAGCUGGAAGCAGAGCGAGUUCAAGCCCAAGUGACUGUGACUGCCUCAUCAAACUCUCAACCCACCAGUGGGACCAACGCAUCCAUCCUCUCUUCUGUUGAGAGAGAAAAGCUUCGUGAGCAGGAAAGAAGAAAAAGAGAAGCAAUGGCCGGUCAGAUUGACAUGAAUCGGCAAAGUGACCUGAUGGCAGCCUUCGAACAAAUGUUAUGAAGUUGGAAAUUGUUUAGGAGAAAGGAAAUGCUAAAUAUUAUACGCUUUGUACUGCAUGUUCAGGAGGAAACCUUCCUAACACUGAAAAUUUUGAUAGGGACAGUUUUUUUUUUUUUUAUUACUGAGAACCUCCUUCGAUCCCAAGAGGCAUACUUCAUGAAGAGGGGUGUGAUAUCGUGGUCAUUCUCAUGUGAUUCCUUCAGCAGUGGUGGAGUCCCUAGCAGUCCUCCAGUAUUAGGGUCUCUAAGGUUAGUGACAUAGUGCAUUUUGUUGCCACCCAACAUUGUGUCUGUGUGCUUGGUUGCUUCCUUUUCAUGUGAUUAGGCUCUCUUCCUCUGCUAUCUGUUGCCCCUUGAUUCACCCUCUUAUUUCCUUUUAUCAUGAUGCCCAAAAAGAGACUAUGUUGCUUUCUAGCUCCUAUUGUUAACUCCUUUCUUCCCUCAUAUUCAGCAUUCUUAACAUAUUGUCCCUCAAAGUGUUGAAAAUAAAUUUUCAGGUAGAAUUUCAGGUAUGGUAUAUUUAGGGUGAGGGACUUGCGAUAUUAUUCUGAUAAUGCAUAUCCAUUUUGUAAUGCUGUAAAUUCUGAAUGAUAAAAAAUUAUACAUAAUUAUGCAGCAUGAGCUGGGAAGAGAGCCUUGAAACCCCUGUUAUGCUAUGCUGUGUCCACGGAUAGCGAGGAUUGGACAUAUGUGUUCUGGACUAUCCAAGAUGAGUUUGCCUCAACAACGGGCACAAAAAAAUACCAGGGAUAUGAGAGAAUGUGAUGUGUGUCAUUUUGAUUCUGUGGAAAAAUUGCUAGUUUUUCUUGUUUUUGCUCUUUUUUCUAGUUUACAGGCUGUUAUGUUUGUCUCUGUUUUCAAUGGGGGAUUCAGUCACCACGUUUUUUUUUUAAAGGAUGUACUACUGUGAUGUGGACUGACUUUUUUUUUUAAUGAGGCAUCCCUACCUAUCAAUAUUGCAGUGCUUUAUUUAGAAUUAAAAAAAGAAAACCCUUGCUCAAAUCCUGGUGAAGCCUGGUUGACAGUUGAGAUGCCUCUGCUUCCUGAAAGCCUCCCAUCUUCCCUUUAAUAUUGGUAGGCCUAUGUUCUGUGUGGACUGGGCUCAUAACAUUGUGAUGUACCUGAGAAAUAUGUGCCCCAUUGUGUGUUCAUCUGUUCUGAUUUCUCUCAUCCUAUCAUGUUGUCCUCAAAGUCUUGCAAAUUAAAAAAAAAAAGUAAUUCCCUGAAGAACGAUGAACUUGUUUGCUUGGGUGUGUGCUGACUGGCCUUUGAGGGUAUGGCAUGUCAAAAAGAGUGCAGUUUAGCACGUUUGCUUCUCACAGAACACAUCUGCAAACAGGUUGACGUCUCAUCUUAGGUUACACUGUCUCUCUCACGUGUGUGUGUCUGGCCUGUGCACUAUGUGCAAAGCUGCUCUGUUUCCUAAACAUUAAAAAUUUUGUGUGGCAGGGAUUGUGAUGGUGAUUGUUGCAAAUAAAUUCUGUAGUUCCAUACUGAUAACUGCUGACAUGAUGAGCUGGAUAUGUCUUUGAAUCUGUCUAGCAUUCAACAUGGACUUGCAUCCUCUGCGGUAGGCUGAUAUUUUCCUCUAUUUCGUAUUUUUUCCCCACACAACUGUGGUGUGGUGAUCUGCCCUUGUUGAUAGAAUAUUGCGUUUAGAAACACAAUUCGUUUUACCUUGUCUCCAUUGGGGGUUGUUGCUGUGGAUGCAACAGCUCUCAAAUCCAGCUAAACCCAACUGGUUCCUGAUCUCACACCCCAUGUAUAAAAAUGAACUCCUGCUCUUAAUGAGUUUAGUUUCUGACAAGCAAUUUUGCUUCCUCCAUGAUGACUCGUUAAUGGAUCUCGGGGAUGAUGGCAUUCAGGGUGGAGGAAGCAUCUAGACUCAAGGGCUUAAGAGGAACUCAUUAGUGACAUUUUUAGUCCAACAGAAUGCUCUUUUCUCUCUCCUAAAGCCUUUUGGUUUGACAGACUUAAGUGAGUGAGUGUGAGAGAGAUAGAUAUGUUGAGUGCCGCUUUAGAUACUGGAUUUCUGUGAUAACAUUGUAUUUUUCCCCCUCAAAAAUGCCAAUACACCUCUCGCUCACAGUAACAUAAUCUGUAUGCUUCUACCUGAUCACGUCUUGUGUUCAUUUAGCAUUGCAUGAUUUGUCUCUCAAUCAAUGAAUCUUGUGCCCUCCACUGUGCCCCAUGAUUCCCUCAUGAAUAUCUGACAGGCACGUUUCUCCCUUCCUCAUGAACUGCAAGAAGGAAAGGAAUUUUUCCUUUUACUCACGAAAGAUUGAUAUGAGAGUGCAAUUUGCACAUCAGGCUAGCCAGUUGUUUUGCAACUCAGGCAGCAGGCUAACCAAUUGUGUUGUCAUGAAAUUAUCGGAUUUUUUUCAAGUGGCUUCUUCCAUAGUUGUAUGCGUGAAACCAGAUUUUGUGCCACCUGUAUGGCAGUUAUGUCACCCCACCAGCAUUCCAUAUGUAGCUUUUCUUCACUAGAAUUCAUCAGUCCUGAAUGACCACUAUGCUAUGUCUUUUUUCAUUCUCUUGUGAAAUUAUUCAGAGGGCCUCAUAAAAGAAUGGGAGUGUUUCUUAUGUUGAUUGCUUUUGAAUUUUCUCUACAAUACUAGUGUAAUUAUUCUUG